CACAGUUACUACCAGGGGUGGACUGACCAUUCGAGCACUCGGGCACUGCCCGAGGGCCCGGGGUCAGUAGGGGGCCCCAUGAGAUGCCCCUUUUACCUUUUUAUAGGCUUUUUUGAGUUUGGGCAAGGACACAGGGGCCCCAUGAUCCCCUAUUGCCUGGGGGCCCAUGAGUUGUCAGUUCACCCCUGGCAGAAAUUCAUGCAAAAUCCAAAACUGACAGCUGUCACCAGAACAGGAAGUGAGGGGAAAUGUUCCAAUGGGGACACCUGCUCCAGUAACAAGAGGAGAUUUGCCCUCAAUUCCUGUUGCUUGCCCAGGAAAGGAAGUAAA